AUGACAAAGCCACGACAUGGAGAGGCGAGCCCAGUCUCGGAUGCGUCAGCAUUAAGUCGCCCAAUGAAACUCCCCUUCUCCAUGCGAACCGCCAAGAAUAGAUUUAUGAAGGCGGCCAUGACGGAACGGCUGAGCUCAUGGGACCCUGUGGACCUCAGGAAAAGAGGCAUACCGACUUCCGAAAUCAUUAACGCUUAUAAGUGGUUUGGCCGAGGCGGUGUCGGUAUCAUCUUGACAGGAAAUCUUAUGGUCGAUGCCGUCAACAUCGAAGGCGCAGGGAACCUUAUCAUCCCGCCUGAUGCUCCUUUCCAAGGGCCCCGAUUCGAAGCCUACCAGCGUCUUGCUAAGGCGGGCAACCAUGACGGGAGCCUAAUGCUCGGCCAGCUUUCUCAUGGCGGACGUCAGGUCCAGGAUAAGUUCCAGCCCGACCCCGUCUCAGCGUCAGAUAUUCAUCUCGAUAAAGAAGUAUGGGGAAUGAAGUUCGCCAAGCCGCAUGCUGCCAGUCACGACGAGAUCAAGACCAUUGUCAAAGCAUUUGCUCAUUCUGCUGAGUAUCUCCAUCGCGCCGGCUUCGAUGGUGUUCAGCUUCACGCGGCUCAUGGGUAUCUACUAUCUCAAUUUUUGUCGGGAAGGACGAAUCACCGAACCGACGAGUACGGAGGCUCAAUCGCCAAUCGUGCCCGCAUUAUAAUUGAAAUCGUUGAUGCCAUUAGAACCCGUGUUCCGGCCUCGACUGGCUUUGUCCUCGGUAUCAAGAUCAACUCGGUGGAGUUCGAUGACAAAGGCUUUAGUCCAGAUGAAUGCGUUGAGCUAUGCGUGCUUCUCGAGCAUGAGUGCAAGUUUGACUUUGUUGAGCUAUCGGGAGGCACUUAUGAAGACAUGGCCUUCGAGCACAAGCGCGAGUCGACUAAGAAACGUGAGGCCUUUUUCCUCGAGUUCGCUGAGGCUAUCGUUCCCAGGCUUGAAAGGACCAAGGUCGUCGUCACUGGUGGCUUAUUAACCGUUCAAGCAAUGGUAAAAGCUCUGCAUGUUGUCGAUGGUAUCGGGCUGGCCCGGACCCUCUGUGCUGAACCCAACCUUCCCAGGGAUAUCUUGGCUGGAAGAGUCACGACAGGUGCUGUUAUGCAGAAGAUUGACAGGCAAGAUUAUGGAUUGACGGAAACGGUAGCUGGAACGCAAAUCCGGCAGCUGGGAAGAGAUCAGGCUCCAAUGGACCUAACCGAUGACAAUGUGGUCAAGGCAUUCCAGGAAAGCACAGUCAAGUGGGAGAAGGCACUUGAGGAAGAUGGCGAUAAGUCGGAGGUCUAUGGCUACGUUGAUGUGGAGGGUAUUGAGUUGCCUCCAAUGCGCAGCGUGGAUGAUACGAGCAGGCUUUAG